UUUUCUAUGCUCAGUUAGCAUUCGCCAUUUGUCUCCCAAGCCCACUCGGAGUCCCUUGAAAUCAACCGGAGGUGUACGUUGUGUUCCAAUCUUGGAGUGAUUAUUUAAGACGACAAUGGCGGAUAAUGAUGAUCUCUUGGAUUACGAGGAUGAAGAACAAACUGAACAAGUAGUUGAUGGAAGUGGAGAUGUUCCUGCAAAGAACAAAGAAGUAAAGGGCACAUAUGUCUCUAUCCACAGCAGUGGGUUUAGAGAUUUCCUUCUUAAACCAGAGAUUUUACGAGCUAUUGUUGAUUGUGGUUUUGAACAUCCAUCUGAAGUACAACAUGAAUGUAUUCCUCAAGCAGUACUUGGCAUGGAUAUACUGUGUCAAGCAAAAUCAGGCAUGGGGAAAACUGCUGUAUUUGUAUUAGCUACUCUUCAACAACUGGAAUUAACAGAAAAUCAAGUCUACGUCUUGGUCAUGUGUCACACUCGAGAAUUAGCUUUCCAAAUUAGUAAAGAAUAUGAGAGAUUUAGCAAAUAUAUGCCGCAUGUAAAAGUUGGUGUAUUUUUUGGUGGAUUACCUAUUCAGAAAGAUGAAGAAGUCUUAAAAACUGUAUGCCCUCAUAUUGUUGUUGGUACCCCUGGUCGUAUCCUCGCUCUUGUACGGAAUAAGAAAUUAAACCUGAAACAUCUGAAACAUUUUAUACUUGACGAAUGUGACAAGAUGCUCGAGUUAUUAGAUAUGCGCAGAGAUGUACAGGAAAUAUUUAGAAGCACACCACAUAGCAAACAAGUCAUGAUGUUCAGCGCCACAUUGUCCAAGGAAAUACGUCCUGUCUGCAAAAAGUUCAUGCAAGAUCCCAUGGAAGUCUAUGUUGAUGACGAAGCAAAACUCACUUUAAACGGUCUGCAACAACAUUACGUUAAAUUGAAGGAGAAUGAGAAGAACAAGAAAUUGUUUGAACUACUUGAUGUUCUUGAAUUUAAUCAGGUUGUCAUAUUUGUCAAGUCUGUCCAAAGAUGCAUGGCUUUAGCGCAACUCUUGACAGAACAAAAUUUCCCUGCAAUUGGAAUUCAUCGAGGUAUGACACAAGAAGAGCGAUUAUCUAGAUAUCAACAAUUUAAGGAUUUUCAGAAGCGUAUUUUGGUAGCGACAAACUUGUUUGGACGAGGUAUGGACAUAGAACGUGUGAACAUUGUAUUUAAUUACGAUAUGCCAGAAGAUUCCGACACAUAUUUACAUAGAGUGGCACGCGCUGGUCGUUUUGGCACAAAGGGUCUUGCCAUCACAUUAGUAAGCGAUGAAAGUGAUGCAAAGAUAUUGAAUGAUGUUCAAGAAAGAUUUGACGUAAAUAUUACAGAAUUACCGGACGAAAUCGAUCUUGCUUCAUACAUUGAAGGGCGAUGAAUUGAAUUGUACUAUCACAAUAAAAUCUUUUAAAACACUAUUUAAAAAUAUUUUAUUCCACCUAUUAACAAGAAUGGACACGAAAUAAUGAUUGAAGUAAUUAUGAUAAAUAUAUAAAAGAAUAAAAUAAUGUUGCACACUCUUACUGCAAAAAAAGUCAUGUAUAAGUGUAUUAUUUUAAUAAUAUGACCAAUUCACAUAAUCAUACAAUUACUUUGAAAAUCUACACAAUAAACUAUAUAGACAUAAUAUAUGUAGAGUUUCUAGAGUGUUUAACAGUAGAGGUCGAAAUGCACGCAGAAAAAACCACUGUUUCGUGUUCCCUUGCUUCCAUGCGAGGAGCAGAAUGAGUCCUUUUCUACAUGCAUCUUUAUUUCCAUCCCUUAAAACUAAAUACUCUGUUUAUACUAUGUCUAAAAACUAAUCUUAAUAAAAAUGUACAUUACACAUUA